AAUGAAAAGAAAGGUUAGGGAAUAUGAUGAAAAUGAAUUCUCUAAAGCUGAUUUGAAAAUUAUUCUACUAGGUGAUUCAGCAGUAGGAAAAUCAAAAUUAGUUGAGAGAUUUCUAUUAGAUGAUUAUGAAGAAAGAUAAUAAUCUACAUAUGCAUUAACAAUGUAUAGACAUAAUGCAAAGUUUGAAGGGAAAACCUAUAAAAUUGGUAUUUUGUAUAAGUUAAUAAAUAUAGACUUAUGGGAUACUGCUGGAUAAGAAUGUUUCUAGACUCUUCAUGCUUCAUAUUAUUAUGGCGCUCAUGCUUGUAUUUUAGUAAAUUGUAUAUUUUAAUAAGUGUUUUGAUGUAACAAGGAAAAUUACUUAUACAAAUUUAAAGAAAUGGUAUGAAGAGAUGAGAUAAAAUUGUCCUACUAUUCCUUGCUUAUUGGUUGCCAAUAAAAUAGAUUGUAUAUUAAUAUAUCAAAUAUUUAGUGGAUCCUAGUGUCACUGAGACUAAAUUUAAGUUUGCAGAGAGUAACAAUCUCCCUAUUUAUUACACAUCUUCAGCAGAUGGAACAAAUGUAGUUAAGGUAUUUUAGGAGGCAUUGAAAGCAGCAAUUGAACAUAAACAAAAGCCUGGUGGAUAGUUUAUGGAUGAUUUGAUGGAUUAUUUGUAGGGUUGAAA